AUGUUACACCAGGUCAUCAGUCAGACCAAGAAGCAUCAAAGCUUGAUCCCCCUUUUCAUAUUUAUUGGGGCAGGAGGUACUGGAGCAGCACUGUAUGUGUUGUGCUUGGUAUUGUUCAAUCCAGAUGUUAGUUGGGAUAGGAAGAAUAACCCAGAACCUUGGAACAAACUGGGUCCCAAUGAUUAAUACAAGUUCUACUAAGUGAAUGUAGAUUACAGCAAACUGAAGAAAAAAGGUCCAGACUUCUAAAUAAAAUGUUUCACUAUAAAGCUGCUUAGAAUGAAGGUCUUCCAGAAGCCUUCUGCACAAUUUUCCACUUAUCCAGGAAAUAUUUCCCCUCUAAAUGCACGAAAUCAUGUUGGUGUAUUGUGUUGGAGUUUACACUGAAUGAUAAAUA